UACUCAUUUCCUGUGUAGCACGAGGCUCCGCCCGCCCGGUCUACCGGCAUUUUCGUUGCGUUAGCUGUCAUUUAGACCGCCAAUUCAAACCGGAUUACCUUAAAACAUCAUAAAUUUCAAGGAUUUAUUUUCACAACGCAAAAAAGAUCGAGUUUUAUAUAGGAUAACGCUGACUUUGUUUUGCCUUUUUGAUACGAGAGAAACAUAACGGCGCCGAGGCAUCGGCGGGACAGCUCAUCACUCUCUGACGCGGGAGCUCGCUAUGCCCGGCUUUUAGCGAUACAUUUUAAAACUUAAUCCGCUACAUAUCACACAUAAGUAAAUACGCUCGAGGGAACAGAUAACCCAUAUAAUAAUUUGGAGCUAGCUAAUCGUAAAAUACAUCUGUCAAAACUGAAAUCGUUAGUCGCCGAGUGGCAUCGCGUGACAAACCCCGUCCAAGAUCAGACUCUACGUAAAUUACGUUCGUUCAUACGAUUGCGCAAAUUCGCUCGCUUGACGUGUUUAGCUGUUUUCAGAAGUCUGGAGUGUGUGAUAUGCAUCAGCGAGGGUCGCGUGUCUCUCCGUUGCUCAGUGGUGUUUUCUGUCAGUGCCGCUCUGAGUUUCAGGGCUCAGAUCCUGGAGGUGGUGGCGUGACUCUGAGCUCAACACAUCCCGCAACAUCGCACUCCGAGCACGGCCAAGACGAGUCCUGCGACUCCCCGCACCAAUGCACGGUAUGUGGGGGUCCCGAUCAGGAGCACAGGCUGAAAGUGCUUUUCCAGAUCCUGGAUGUCAACGGAGAUGGAGGCAUCUGUAUCAACGACCUGACCAUAGGGCUGAAAAAGCUGGGCGUUCAUCGCACUGAACAUGAACUCAUGAAAGUUGUCAAGGCUGGAGACAAGGACCUGGAUGGUCAGUUAGACUUUGAGGAGUUUGUGCACUACCUGAGAGACCAUGAGAAGAAACUGAGGCUGGUCUUCAAGAGUCUGGAUAAAAAGAACGACGGUCAUAUAGAUUCCCAGGAGAUCAUGCAGUCAUUAAGAGACCUUGGGGUUCAUAUAUCUGAAGAACAGGCUGAGAAGAUCCUCAAGAGUAUGGAUAAAAACGGCACAAUGACGAUUGACUGGAAUGAAUGGAGAGAUUACCACCUUCUUCACCCGGCUGAAAACAUUCCUGAAAUCAUCCUCUACUGGAAACACUCCACGAUAUUUGACGUGGGUGAAUGUAUGAUAGUCCCUGAUGAGUUUACGGCGGAGGAGAAGAAAACAGGCAUGUGGUGGCGACAUCUUGUAGCAGGAGGCGUGGCAGGAGCUGUCUCUCGGACCUGUACCGCACCUUUGGACCGCCUGAAAGUUCUCAUGCAGGUUCAUUCGUCACGGAGCCAUACCUUGGGAAUGUAUGGAGGAUUCACUCAGAUGAUCCGUGAGGGUGGAUUGCGAUCGCUUUGGAGAGGAAACGGUCUGAACGUAUUAAAGAUAGCACCCGAAACUGCAAUCAAGUUCAUGGCGUAUGAGCAGAUCAAACGUCUGAUUGGGAGUAAUCAGGAGACAUUGGGGAUCUUGGAGAGGUUGGUUGCCGGGUCUCUGGCUGGAGCUAUUGCUCAGAGUACCAUCUACCCAAUGGAGGUUUUAAAAACCCGACUUGCCCUGGGAAGGACGGGUCAGUACAAUGGUAUCGUGGAGAGUGCUAAACACAUAUUUAAGAAGGAGGGCGUGGCAGCUUUCUACAAAGGUUAUAUUCCCAAUAUGCUGGGUAUCAUCCCGUAUGCUGGAAUAGACCUGGCAGUUUAUGAGACGCUCAAGAACUGGUGGCUGCAGAAGUAUGCCACAGACAGUGCUGAUCCGGGUGUGUUUGUGCUGCUAGCGUGUGGUACAAUGUCUAGUACUUGUGGACAGUUAGCAAGCUACCCAUUAGCCUUAGUGAGGACACGUAUGCAAGCUCAAGCGUCAGUGGAAGGCGGCCCUCAGAUGACAAUGAGCCAUCUCUUCAGACACAUUGUACGGACAGAGGGCGCUAUUGGACUCUAUAGAGGCUUGGCACCAAACUUUAUGAAGGUCAUACCUGCCGUCAGUAUAAGCUACGUGGUGUAUGAGAACUUAAAAAUCAACUUGGGCGUUCAGUCCCGGUGAGAUGAAUCUUAUGGACUGUUCAUAAUAGUUUUGGUUUUACUCUUUCAUUUGGACUUGAAAAAUAAGUUGUCCAGGGGGGCCGGUUUGCACUCAGGAAGAAGUGUAACAAUAGUUGGUCAGAAAAGAGCCUGCAAGAUGGGAUAAGAAGACCCAAGGAUUUAUUUUCAUCUCAUCAUCAAAUAACUGGAAUUCGAUGGCAACCUUUGAAUAACAGAAACAUAUUAAAAUCAUAGAUCAUCUUAAUAUGAAAGUUUUGCCAUCAUAUACUCAACCUUACACAAUGUUGCUCCAAUUCUGAAUGAUAUUUUGUCUUCAAUGGAACACCAGAGACCAAGAAUAUGCAAGACCUCUUUAAAAUAAACUAGUAAUACAAUUAUUCAGACAUCUCAUAAAAGCUUUGGAGUAAAGAAAACUGAAGAUACAAUGCUGCAUCCAUCAGUUAAUUUAUUUCAGUGACACAACUGGAAUUUCAUGCACUAAAAAAGGCUUGAUCUGGUUUUAAUAAUCUAGAUCUGAUCUCUUUGGCUAAUAUAAUCAUCAUUCCACUGGAUGGCAGUGUUUAAUAUCAACAGGAUAAACUUCUAUUUAGACCGUUAUAAGAUCACACAAAUUUAGCAUUUUGCUCACAGAAUUAGAUUCUUUUUAUUAGCUGGACAACCUUAUGUCUCACAUAUUGAAAUAUGUAACGUGUGUGUCCAAAGGAGGAUGUAAGGGACACAUAACCUAAUUUUAAUCAUCUAUGUUUAAAGAGUACAUAAUAUGAGAUCAUAAAAAAUUACAUUUCAUCCAUUGGGUAAUGCCGUGUUUUAAAAGUAAGCAGUCUGCCAAGUUGUAAAUCCGAAGGUGAAUGAAUAACAAAGUUAUUGGCUUGGAAAAAAGGGAGUUUGACUUUGAAUCCUACGUUUUGCUAGGACCGCCCGUGAAAACUGAGCCUCAUUCGUGGUAGACCAAUCACAGCACACGACCAUCUGACCAAUCACAUCUGACUAGGCUAGCGUAAAGGAGGGGAUUAGACAGAUGAAUUUUGGAACGAAUCAUUUGAGAGUCAGUCAAGAAGUAAAUUAAGAAUAACUGCCUAUUAUUAAGAAAUCAUAGUGAAUAGAAAUAGAAAAAAUAGUGUUUUUACACCUUCUUUGUACAUAAACUUGUUGUUGGACACUCCAUAAACCAAAGUAGGACUUUAAAAACCCCUAGUUAUGUACUCUUUAAAUAAUCUAAUGGUCCAAUAAAGAACAUAGUUUAGCUUUUUUCAUUUUAAUUUAUUUUUCUAUAUUGUUUAUUUAUUUUCAUUAAUAAGGUUGCUGUAUGUACAUGAAGGCACUCCUCACGGUCAUUGACAACUAAUGUGGUGUUAACAAAAGUGUUUUACUCUUUACCAUGAUUGCCAAAAGUUAGGUUGUUUGGACAAUUUCAAAUAAGAUUUUCUUAGACUUUAAGUUUUGCAAAUUCAUCACCAGGCUACUACUGUGUAAAUAAGCCAUAAUUACAACCAGUGUUGGUUUGCAAUAACAACACUCUUAUUUCAAAUAAAAUAGUCAAGUAACGAAUUUAAGCACUUUAUUUUGGUGAAAUAAAUAACCACACUUGAAUUUCCUCAGCAGGAUUAACAAUGGAAUUGGGGUGGAAUGAUUGUAUUCAGUAGUUGUAGUGUUUGUGAUUAAGGUGGACCAUCUUUCUAGAAUUUGCGUUUCAUUUUUGGAUCACUUUAGUGCUAAACUGCUUCAGAUUUAAAAACACUAAAAGUGCAUAUUUUCCUGGCCUAGACAAGGCACCAAGAUGCACGUUUACAUCAACAAAGGAAAACUUCUUUUGCAUGUCAAGACCUAAAACCCACUUGUUUGAGGGGUUGUCACCCUUUGUAAUUCUACAAAACCUUAGUAUUAAUAUAGUUGCCUUAUUUACGAAUAAAGUGAAAAUUAAAAGACCGAAAUAUUUUUCUAAAGAUUUGAUUCUCAGGGAGACUUAAGUGGUCUCGGACACUCCUGUGCAGUUUUGCAUUGAAGAUGAGCAAAUGGUUGGUACUUUUCUCCGGUGAGCUCUGAAACGUCCUCCAUAACGUAUUUAACUUGUGGACAGUUUCAGUUUGUGCAAACAUAAAAACAGUUUGCGUUUGUCUGUUAUUAGAAGAGAACAGCUUGAAUCCACCAAAAAUCACUACGCUUCUGUGUGCUGAUGGUGGUUGAACUAAAGUCAGCUGUGGCUCUACUCCCUCUGAAUCAAUUCAGUCUUUGUACCGCAUGUAUGUUAUGUCUAAAUAUGCACAGAUUGCACUGUAAAGUCUUAAUGGGGGUUUUAAAACUGUGUUGCUAGCCCUAAAAUGGAUUAAAGCAGCUUUAUGUCAACGUAUACAUUUUGCACAUUUUCUCCACUUUUUCUUAUAGGAGAAGUUUGUGUGGACAUCCUGAAACUAAAAGCUUUAGAUUUGUAAUGCGAUUGUGAGACUCUCUGAGACUACCUGAAUCUAUAGCCUUGCUGUUCUGCUGUUCAGAAGCCGCGUUUGCGGCUUUCUGUGAGUUGGAAUGCACAGCGAUUGCCACACAUUUAUCUUAUUGUACUGUUGCUGGGGUUAACUGAGUAAAUAUGUUGAAAAUAUAUCUAAACAUAUCUAGAUGUGAUGACACAUCGGCAACGUUUUAGUGGAUGUUGAAUAGUGCAAAAACAAUGCAAAUGUUUUCUGGACAAUGAAAGAAACUGUUAUAUAUUGUUGAAUGGAUGCAUUGAAUGUAGAGUGAAAAUAUUUAUGUGUGUAAGGUCACUUUAAUAAAGUUAUUCUUGAUUUUG